AUGGCAUCAUGUUUCAGACCCCAAGUGUGCGUUCACUUAUCCAGGCCGUGUGAUUAUUUUCCAGCCCUCAACUGUGCCGUGCCUCCUGAUGCACUGCCCUGCUGUUUGGGCACUGCACUGCAGGUGGGCGGCACAGUGGACAAUCUCUUGGAGUGUUGCGCAUUCUUUGGAGGGCAAGCCGUGGAGCUCGAUCGCCCGCUGCAGCUCACCCACCAGCUCGACCUCUGCACGCAGGGCUGUGUGGUGAUGGCCAAGAACCGCCAGUUCGCCAGCCAUUUCAACCAGUUGCUUCAGGGUCGCAAGGUCCGCAAGCUUUACAAGGCCCUAACCGCAUCUGCUCCUGCUCCGGGCAGACACAUACAUUUCAUGCUGCCCGAUCCAUACUCCCCGAAGAUUUUAACCCGAGAAGCCAUGCCAGGCUGGCAGCGCUGCGAGCUCGUGAUUCGCCGAGUGGAGGAGGUGCCGUGGCCUGCUGAUUCUGCGCUGGCUUCUGCUGACGUGGACUGCUCUUAUUGGCCAGCUGCUGACGUGGCAUACGAGUGCCUAGUGGAGCUGAUAACAGGGAGAACGCACCAGCUUCGAGCACAGUUUGCAGCGCUGGGCGCGCCCCUCCUCGGUGACACCAUGUACGGCCCCGCCCAAGCCCAGCAGGCCGCACCUAUGGUUCUAAAAGCAACCAUACCACCCAACCGAGGUUCAGUUGAUGUGAGAGGGAAUGGAGUGGGGAUUUCGGGCCAGCAAGAGAGGAGAAGGGAAUUUGUGGAUGCGGAUGUGCUGUCCCAGGCGAAGCACCUGUUUGGGACAGCACCGGAAGCGGCGAUUGGCUUGCAGGCGUUUUCUGUGAGAUGGGAGGAGCAGGUGGAAGAAAGCAAGGGGCGAGUGAGAACUGUUUACAAGCAGUACGAGGCUGGCAGUCCGUGGUGGAGAGAGGGUUGA